AUGGUUCCCGGUGUAAUUCCUAAAGGCACCUUGUUGUAUCAUGGAGCUGUCAAUAACACAAUCCCUACGGUUCCCGAUUGGACAGCCACAGAUCCAGAACACUCCAUCCUCUUCUGCAAUGGCUCUCCCGAUACAGGAUGUUGGCACUUGACACUUGCAGCAACUCGUCCCCUCAAAAUCCUUUACUUUGAUGGGACUAGCGCAGCUAAUACCCUAAUUGGCCCUCUUGAUACUCAGGAUAUCAUUGCAUGGGGAGUAUCAAGACCUGAUUGGCGGUUUGAGGAGGACCAGUGCCUCGUGGACUUGUGCAAAUGGGGAGCACUGUAUGCUGUCGAUGGUUAUGUUCGAUAAGCCAAUUUAUCUAGCAACAUCUCAUCUAGCGCGUGUUCGGCCAAUGCUGGAGCAGCGAAUUUACAGUUUCAAAAACAAAGUGCCCUGUUUCGUUAGCAGGAGGUGGCUCGUCAAGCCGCCAAGAACAGUCCCCGUCUUGCAUUGGAGUUUAUCAAAGGCCUCAGCUAAAUGAAUAGGCUACGAACACGCCCGCUCGGCCAAGUUGAUACUACGAAUCCUUUCGAUCUCGUUUUGUUUCUAGGAAUUUGUACACCAUCAUACAUCGCACUUUCUAGACAAUGACGCUGGCACCAACACUGACUGGUUUCACAGUAAUUCAGACUGAAAGCCACA